UGGGUCGGCGUGCCUCGCCCUGUUCCUCCCUUAAGGGUGGGGUCCAGUAAUAAAGCUCCAGAGGAGUCGGAGACCAAGGCUGGCGGCAGAGAGAGCCCAGAGCACAGCACACAGAGCCAUGGGGCAAGAGACCCUGGCCCUCGGCUGGGCCCUCGCUGCCGUCCUGGUGCUGCAGACACUGGCUGCGGCCGAGCACUCCCCACGGACCCCACACAGGCGAGCAGAGGUGUUUGCGGACCUCAGCGUCCAGGAGCUGAAGGCUGUGCACAACUUCCUCUGGUCCCGGAAGGAGCUGAACCUGGAGUCCUCCCGAGCACUGACCAUGGCCAAGAACUGUGUUUUCCUCAUUGAGAUGCUGUUGCCCAAGAAGCAAAAUGUGCUGAGGUUUCUGGAUAAAGGUCAAAGGCGUCCCGCUAGGGAGGCACGAGUCGUCAUCUUCUUCGGAGCCCAGGAGCACCCUAACAUCACUGAGUUUGCGGUGGGGCCCCUGCCGUGGGCUUACUACAUGCGAGAGCUGUCCCCCAAGCCGGGGUAUGAGGCUGCCUGGGCCUCCAGGCCAAUCUCCUUGGCAGAGUACGCCCUCCUGAGCCACACCCUGCAGGAGGCCACCAAGCCGCUGCACCGGUUUUUCCUUGACACCACAGGCUUCUCGUUCCAGGACUGCCACUCCCGAUGCCUGACUUUCACAGAUGUGGCACCCCGGGGCGUGGCCUCUGGCCAGCGCCGCUCUUGGUUCAUCUUGCAGCGCUUCAUAGAAGGCUUCUUCUUGCACCCCACUGGGUUGGAGCUCCUCGUGGAUCACGGAAGCACGAACGCCCGGGACUGGACGGUGAUGCGGGUCUGGUACAACGGGAGGUUCUACCAAAGCGCGGAAGAACUGGCACAGAAGUAUGAGGCAGGAGAAGUGGACGUGGUGGCCCUGCAGGACCCACUUCCCAAGGGCAAGGAGGAGGAAGAGAGCCUCGAGGAGCCACCCCUCUUCUCCUCCUACACACCACGUGGGCACUUCACCCCUCCCAUCACUGCGAACGGCCCCCGCCUGGUCCAGCCCCAAGGCCCCCGCUACAAACUGCAGGGCAACACCGUGCUCUACGGGGGCUGGAGCUUUGCCUUCAGGCUGCGCUCCUCCUCCGGGCUGCAGGUCCUGAAUGUGCACUUUGCGGGUGAGCGCAUAGCCUAUGAGGUGAGCGUGCAAGAGGCCAUAGCACUGUAUGGGGGACACACACCUGCAGGCAUGCAGACCAAAUACAUGGACGUGGGCUGGGGCUUGGGCAGCACCACUUACGAGUUAGCCCCUGGCAUCGACUGCCCAGACACAGCCACCUACCUGGAUGCCUUCCACUAUUACGAUGCUGAUGGCCCUGUGCGCUACCCCCGGGCCCUCUGCCUCUUUGAGAUGCCCACUGGGGUGCCCCUUCGGCGGCACUUUGAUUCCAACUUCAGCGGUGGCUUCAACUUCUAUGCGGGUCUCAAGGGACAGGUGCUGGUGCUGCGAACUACAUCAACGGUCUACAAUUACGACUAUAUUUGGGACUUCAUCUUCUACCCCAAUGGGGUGAUGGAGGCCAAGAUGCAUGCCACCGGCUAUGUGCAUGCUACCUUCUACACCCCCGAGGGGCUGCGCUAUGGCACCCGCCUGCACACGCACCUGAUCGGCAACAUUCACACCCACUUGGUGCAUUACCGCAUUGACCUGGACGUGGCAGGCACCAAGAAUAGCUUCCAGACCCUGCAGAUGAAGCUGGAAAACAUCACGAACCCCUGGAGUCCAGGACACCGCAUCGUCCAGCCGACCUUGGAGCAGACACAGUUCUCCCGGGAGCGCCAGGCGGCCUUCCGCUUCAAACAGACGCUGCCCCAGUACCUGCUUUUCACCAGCCCCAAGGAGAACCCCUGGGGCCACCAGCGCAGCUACCGCCUGCAGAUCCACUCCAUGGCCCAUCAAGUGCUGCCCCCAGGCUGGCAGGAGGAGCAGGCUGUCACCUGGGCCAGGUACCCCUUGGCGGUGACCAAGUACCGGGAGUCCGAGCUAUUCAGCAGCAGCAUCUAUAACCAGAACAACCCCUGGGACCCACCUGUGGUCUUUGAGGAGUUUCUUCACAACAAUGAGAACAUUGAAAACGAGGACUUGGUGGCUUGGGUCACAGUGGGCUUCCUGCACAUCCCCCACUCCGAGGACAUCCCCAACACGGCCACUCCAGGAAACUCCGUGGGCUUCCUGCUCCGGCCCUUCAAUUUCUUCCCAGAGGACCCCUCCCUGGCCUCCAGAGACACCGUGAUUGUGUGGCCCCGGGACAAUGGCCCCAACUAUGUCCAACGCUGGAUCCCCAAGGAGGACCAGGACUGCUUGGUGCCCCCCACAUUCAGCUACAAUGGAACCUACAGGCCCACGUGAAGGGCUCCCUGCCUCCAACUCACACUUCCUAGAAGCCAGAGGGAUGGACAGUCAGCCCUCCCCACGCACCAGGCUCAGCUCCGUGUGCUGCUGCUCCAGACACGCCCCCGACCCAAAAGGAGACCACCCGCCUGGUCAUCGACUGAACAGGCUUCCCCCACUGCCACCUGGCGUCCAGAGCCCAAGGACGGCUUUCCUCCAUCACUUCCCACCCCUGCCUGGCUCACGGGAGCCUGAGCAGAGGAGCAGGGGGGGAGAGCCAGCGACCCUGACCGUCCCCAGGCCAGGACCCUUGGACAGGGGCUCAGACUGGACUGGGAGCAGAGGAAAACUUUGAAUUGGAUGUCAGAUGUUUCAAAGUUAUUUAAUGUGGCUGUUUAAUGACAUAAUUAAAAAGCGAUGAUAGA